AUGGCAAUAGCUUGGAGGCUUCUCACGUGGACUGUCAUCUUCACCGCGACCGUGCGCAGCUUUCCCGGUUACGCAUUCCAGUCACAAGAGGAGUUCCUCUCCAGCCUCGAUCACUAUGAAAUUGCAUUCCCCAUCCAAGUGGACCAAAACGGGGAUUUCCUCACCUUUGACGUGAGAAGCCAGCUGAAGCAACGUCCUCGGCGCAGUCUGGGCUCUUUACCCUACGAGCCAUCUGAGCAGCAGGUUUUCUACAAAGUCUCUGCCCACCGAACCCAGUUCCUCCUUAACCUGACACUGCACUCCAACCUGCUGGCUGAGCACUUCACUGUGGAAUACUGGAAGCGAGAUGGUGUGGACUGGCAACAUGAUUUCCAUGAAGACUGUCACUACGCAGGCCACUUGCAGGAUCAGUACCUGAACUCAAAAGUCGCCAUCAGCAACUGCAAUGGACUGCAUGGGGUGAUCGUCGCAGAUGAGGAGGAGUAUUUCAUUGAACCGCUGAGCCCAGGAGCCAAUGUCAGCACAGGGAGCGAGGGCAAGGGCAGCCCCCACGUCGUGUACAAGCGAUCAUCUCUCCAGUACCCACACAUGGAUGCAGCCUGUGGUGUGCUAGAUGAGAAGCCUUGGAAAGGGAGGCACUGGUGGCUGCGGACACUGAAGCCCUCCCCUCUGAAGCCAUCGGGCAACCACAGCCAGCGAGGCCAGCUGCCCCUGAAGAGAUCGGUCAGCACAGAGCGCUACGUGGAGACCCUGGUGGUGGCUGACAAAAUGAUGGUGGGGUACCACGGCCGGCGGGACAUAGAGCAGUACAUCCUGGCCAUCAUGAAUAUUGUUGCCAAACUUUUCCAGGACUCGAGUCUGGGCAAUAUUGUCAAUAUCCUGGUGACCCGGCUGAUUCUCCUCACUGAGGAUCAGCCCACACUGGAGAUUAACCACCACGCUGGGAAAUCCCUGGACAGCUUCUGCAAGUGGCAGAAAUCCAUUGUGAACAGGAAUGGCAAUGGGAAUGCUAUCCCCGAGAAUGGCAUAGCCAACCACGACACUGCAGUGUUGAUCACCAGAUACGACAUUUGCAUCUACAAGAAUAAACCGUGUGGCACCCUGGGCCUGGCCCCCGUCGGUGGGAUGUGUGAACGAGAACGAAGCUGCAGCAUCAACGAGGACAUUGGCCUGGCCACAGCCUUCACCAUCGCCCACGAGAUCGGCCACACGUUUGGCAUGAAUCAUGAUGGGGUCGGCAACAGCUGUGGCUCCCGUGGGCAAGAAACGGCCAAGCUCAUGGCUGCUCACAUCACGAUGAAGACCAACCCGUUUGUAUGGUCCACGUGCAGCAGGGAUUACAUCACCAGCUUCCUGGAGUAAGGAAUCCAUCUCACCUUGCCCUUCCUUCUACCUCGCAACCAGUAG